AUAGGUGAGUUUUGUUUUUCUAUUCAACCAACUAACAUUUAAAAAACACCAUCUAUACAUAUGUAUAUAUAAUAUAUAGUUUAUAGAUAGUUAAUAUAGUUUAGUUGUUAUAUAUAUAUGAAGAGCAAUGUCCGCGGCGCCUCUCUUCCGGUCUUUACGGUAUUCAUGUCGUCACUUCCGGUGAACGAGUGCCUGUGUUUACGCUUUGUACCCGUUAGCUGCUGCUAGCUCAGAGCUUGGCUCGUCGGCGCUCGUCCGCCAUGGCUCGUCUCGGUUAGCCCGGCGAGCUGCAGACACCUUGUUGUUGUUGUUGUUGUUGUUGUUGUUGAAACUAUGCUGAGCAGCGUCGCCCUGCGGGCUCAGAUCGCCUCUGUGAUCGACGCCCUGUCCGAGGCGGCCGUGGCGGAGGUGGCCCGGCUGGUGGAGGACGGCAUGGUGGUGCUGCGGCUGCAGCUCCGCCAGCGAGAGACCGAGAUCCACAAGCUGCGGAGCGGCUUCGAGCUGCUGCGGGGCGAGCUGAGGGCCCUGCGGGGGGGCGCGGGCCCCGGGCCGGACGGCGGGAGGCACGACGCCCAGAGGCCCGUCGGCGAGGAGAGAACCUCGCUGGAGAACGGUUCCCUCGACAAGAACCGCAGCGGCCCGUCCAGACCCGAGCCGCCGGCGCCGGUGAAGUGUGAACCCGCGGAUGAAGGAAGCGAAGAGAACCGAGAAGACGCGUCCUCGUGCGGACAAUGGCGGCCGGCGGGACGCGGCGCCUCCGGUUCUUCUCCUCUGGGGCGGAGCUCCGCCUCCCCUCUGAACGGCGCGCCGCCCGCCGGCUUUCCACCGAGCCCGUUCAUCCGCGGGCCGCCGGGCUGCGGUCAGUACCGCGGGCCGUACGGCGCCGCACGGCGGCGGGCGAACGCGGCGGCGAAGCGCCUGGUGCUCAGGAAGGGCUUCAGCUGCCCGUACUGCGGGAAGCACUUUGAGCGCGGCGGCCACCUGGAGCGCCACAAGAGGAUCCACACCGGGGAGAAACCCUACGGCUGCCAGGAGUGCGGCCGGCGCUUCAACCAGAACUGCAGCCUGAAGGAGCACCGCAAGACGCACCGCGGUCAGGGCGCCGCCGGGCCGACCGGCCGGGGCGCGGCGGUCGGGAACCGAGGAAUCGAACCGGCGACCGACACGCGGCGUCUUCUCUGUGUUCUGCUUCCGGGCGCUCGGGAGGCGGAGCCGGCGGGGAACCCUCGCCCCGAGGACGGGAUCCGGGGGAACGCCGCGGACGAUGUCGUCGUCCCGCCGGACAGCGAGGACCUCGUGAAGCGGGAACCGGCGGAGGAGGACAUCGCGCCGAGGGAAGGAGGCGGCGGCCUGAGCGACGGCUUCGACACAUUCGUGAGCGACGGCCAGCGGUGGACGUCCAGAUCGGACCUCGGCGGCGUGGAGUUCCUCGGCGGCGGCGUGCCGGCGGCCCAGAGCGCGGCGUCCGACCCGGGGCUCGCUCGGCCGCUCCCGCCGGCGGCGGACGCGUCCUGCAGCACGUUCUCCUUCCCGGGGACGCCGUACGGGGAGCCGGGCGGCGCGGCGUACGGCCGCUCGGUCGCGCUCGCCGCGGCGCCGGACCCCGGCCGGCCGCGGGCGAGUCGCUCCUUCCUGCCGAUGAAACCCAGGAAGUGCUUCUCCUGCUCGUACUGCGGCAAAGCCUUCGAGCGCGUCGGCCACCUGGAGCGACACCUGAGGAUCCACACCGGGGAGAAGCCGUACGGCUGCCAGGUGUGUGGGCGCUGCUUCAACCAGAAGAGCAGCCUGAAGGGCCACAUGAAGACGCACCGCGCCGAGGGCGCCGACGCUCCGGAGUCGAGUCGCCUGAUGUUCCCGGCGCCCGAGGGCGGGCCGGCGGCGCUCGAGGAGCCGUACCUGGGCGGCGGCGGCGCGUACGGCGAGGCGGGCGGCGAGCGCACCGUGAUGGUGAAGCUGGAGCCCGGCGGGGAGGAGCUCCACGCCGCGGCGGGGCGGAGUCGGCCGUGGUCGUCCGGCGAUGCCGCCGGCGAGCGGCGGGGAAGCACGCCGCCUUUUCUCCACGCCAAAGUCCGGGAGGAGGAGGCCUCGCACGCCGCUCCGUACUCCGGCCUCGAGGAGACGCUCGCGCACGAGUACUCGGCGGCCAUGUUGAAUUCAAACUCGGCGGCCAGCGCCGAGUUUGAAUUCAACAUGGCCGCCGCGGAUAACUGCGGCGCCGUGGGCGGCGGCGGCGGCGGCGGGCAGAACUGCUUCAUUUGCUCCACGUGUGGGCGGAGCUUCGAUUGCUUCGACUCGUUUCAGGAGCACCGCUGUGACGACGGCGCCGCCUUCAGCUCCGAAAACAUGGCGACGUGCGUCGUCCCCUUCCAGACGCAGCUGUCCUCCAUCAUGGAGGCGCUGGUGAAGGCGGCCGUGGCGGAGAUCUCGCAGCUGGUGGAGGACAAGGUCUCGUUGCUGCAGCUGGAGCUCAGCCGGCGGCAGAGCGAGAACGACGCGCUGCGGCGGCGGCUGCGGCCGGAGGCGCGCGGCACGCCGCCGCCGCAGCGGCGCGGGCUCGAGAACUACAUGGACCGGGGAGCCGCCGCGGGGGGCGGCGCGCACCCCACCGGCAGCAUUACGUUCCCCGAGGUGCACGAGGCCGCCGUGUCCUUCGCCAUCAAAGAGGAAAGUCCCGACGAGAUGCUGUGGGUCAGCGAGCCCGUCGGCCCGAUGGGUGAGUGGCCUCUGGGUUGUUGCGCAAGAAGGAAAGCCGCGCGGUUAAAUGUUGCGUCACUCGCAGGUUCCGCCGCCCACUACCGGCGUCCGGCCGCCGAGAGCCACCGGACGGCCCGCUCGGAGGCGAAGAGCGUCAGGGCGUCCGAGUUCGGCGACCCGUGCGGUCAGCACGAGGGAGACGGCGGCCUGCAGCUCACGGUGAAGACGGAGAAGGAGGAGGACCGCCCCUCGGGCUUCGGCCCGGACGGCUGCCGGCACGGCGCCGCCGGGAAGCGGGCGCAGCUGGCGGCGGACUUCUCCAUGGACGAGAGGGAGAACCAGCUGUGGUCCACCAUCAUCGAAGGCAACGACAUCGACGCCGGCUUCCCCGACUUCUCCAGCGUGGUGGAGGAGUACUCCAACACCUUCCCCGACCACUCGGACGCCGCCGCCGCCGCCCAGCCGUGCAACGGGGUCGACGUGGGCGGCGGCGUGCCGCAGGCGUCCGGCGGUUUCAAGCCGCGACCUCCGGACCGGCCGAAGGAGGAGCUCCGCUCGCAGAGGAGCGCCUCGAGGCCGCCGGCCGCCGCCGGGGAGCACUCGCACGCCGGCUGCUUCCACGCCCACAAACCGGCGUCCGGCGCGGCGGCGGUGGCGCCGCGCGGCUACGCCUGCUCGCACUGCGGCAAGACGUUCGGCCGCCACCACCAGUUCAAGCUGCACCAGCAGAGCCACAAGAGGAAGCGGGCCUUCUGGUGCGCCGUGUGCGGCAAGAGCUUCCAGUGCUCGUCGCACCUCGGCAUCCACCACCGGACGCACACGGGCGAGAAGCCGUACGGCUGCUCGCUGUGCGGCAAGAGGUUCACGCAGCAGAGCAGCCUGCGGGUCCACCAGCGCACGCACAGCGGCGAGCGGCCCUACAGCUGCUCGCUGUGCGGCAAGACCUUCAUCCUCAUGCACCACCUGAAGCGCCACACAAUCAUCCACACCUACAGCUGAGGGGCGGCGGCGGCGGCAGAGGAGGAGGAGGCGUCUGAGGAGGCGGCGGCUGAGGAGGCGGCGGCUGAGGAGGCGUCUGAGGAGGCGGCGGCUGAGGAGGCGUCUGAGGAGGCGGCGGCGCGUUGGAUAGACAAAACAAUGAAAAACUCUGAAGCCUCUCGUUGCUCUUUGAACCUUGAAGCAUAUUCCACUAUGCAAAAUGGAUUUUAAGACGCUUGCUCCAUUUUUAAUUACCUAUUAUUAUUAUUAUUAUUAUUAUUAUUAAAGGUCAAACUGAAUUACA